AUGAAGAAAUGUGAGCAGAAGACGGAGGCAAAUGUGGCAGCGAAGGCACAGGUGGAAGGAAAUGCCAACUUGGAUUUUGCGAGGGUGAAGGUCACCCCGCAGCAGAUCGCAAAGGCCGUGGGAUGCAUUCAGCUUGGGGUCCGGAUUCCGGAGCUGCAAACCAAUGUCGUGCCUGAUGCACCUGCUGAAGCGCGUCUUGGAAACCGGGAACCGACGGAAAAGCUGAUAGCUUCAGCGGCCUCUGGGAAGACCGGUGAGACCAAACCCCUGUACAUGGAUGCCACGUACGUUUUCCAAUGCAAAGCCCGGAUUGUGGAUUCAAAGCCAAGCGAGGACGGCAAAGCUCUGCUCAUUGAGAAAGUGUGCCAGAGGACAGGGCUGUCGUUUUCGGAUUGUGCUUGGGUUGUGUUGUGA